AGGCCUGGCGUGGCCCGCUUCUCAGCCCGCUGCCUGUGACGGGAAUCCAUCGUGACAGGAUACCAGCAGCACCACCGACUGUAAACAUGGCGGCGUGCACAGCCGGAUGCCUGUGCUAUGUGUCCCCUUACUGAAGCCCGGAUCAUCGACACACUUCCAUGAUGGAGACAGAGGAGGAGCAGCAUAUGACCACGCUGUUAUGCAUGGGUUUCCCAGACCCGGUGGCCAUCCGAAAAGCCCUGCGCCUGGCCAAAAACGACAUCAACGAGGCUGUCGCGCUGCUCACCAACGAAAGCCCGGGACUCGGAUACGGCUACGAGCCGAUGGAAAGCGGCCCUUCCCCGGGCUCCGGCCUCAGCGGAGACGGCGAGAACAGCGGGCGCACGGGCACCGGAGGGUUUGAUCCUCCGCCUGCGUAUCACGAUGUCGUGGAAAGUGAGAGGACUAAUGAUGAGAACGGGAACUGUUCUGGGAACAGUAUGGAGUUUCCCACCACUAAUCUGUAUGAGCUGGAGAGCAGAGUGUUCACUGAUCACUGGUCCAUCCCGUACAAGAGAGAGGAAUCACUCGGCAAGUGCCUCAUCGCCUCCACCUGCCUGGCCAGACUGGGCCUGGCUGAUGCAGAUGAGAACUGUAAGAGGUUCAUUGACCGCUGCAUGCCUGAAGCCUUCAAAAAGUUGCUGACGUCCAGUGCGGUGCACAAGUGGGGAACAGAGAUUCAUGAGGGCAUCUACAACAUGCUGAUGCUGCUGGUGGAUCUGGUCGCAGAGAGAGUCAAACAGGAUCCGAUACCCAUUGGCCUCAUGGGAAUUCUCACUAUGGCUGUUAACCCUGAUAACGAGUAUCACUUUAAGAAUCGUAUGAAGGCCUGUCAGAGGAACUGGGCAGAAGUGUUUGGAGAGGACAGCAUGUUCGCUGUUUCUCCCAGCUCCAGCUACCAGAAGGAACCUCACGGCUGGCUGGUAGACUUAGUGAAUCGGUUUGGAGAGAUGGAAGGCUUCACAGCAAUUCAGUGCAAGCUCAACCAGGAAGAGAUAGAGAUUGGGUGUGUAUCAGCUCUGGUUCAGCCGCUCGGUGUGUGUGCAGAGUACCUCAACUCCAACCUGGUGCAGCCCAUGCUGGACCCAGUCAUCCAUAAGAUGAUAACAUAUGUGCAGAACCUGGAGGAGAAAGACCUGAAAGACAAGCGUUUGGUGAGUAUUCCAGAGCUCUUGUCGGCCAUUAAGCUCCUCUGCAUGCGUUUCCAGCGGGAGCUGGUGAACGUCGUGGAUGACCUUCGGCUGGACAUCCUUCUUCGAAUGCUCAAGACGCCCCACUUCAGUGCCAAGAUGAACUCCCUCAAAGAGGUCACGAAACUCAUUGAGGAAAGCACAGUUUCCAAGACUGUGAAGAACGCUAUUGACACAGACAGACUCCUGGACUGGCUGGUAGAAAACUCAGUACUGUCAAUAGCUUUGGAAGGAAACAUUGACCAGGCCCAGUACUGUGACAGAAUAAAGGGAAUCAUUGAGCUGUUGGGCAGUAAGCUCUCGUUGGAUGAACUCUCCAAAAUAUGGAAAAUACAGGCUGGUCAGUCCUCCACUGUGAUAGAGAACAUCCACACCAUCAUCGCCGCUGCUGCCGUCAAGUUCAACUUUGACCAGCUCAGCCACCUCUUCGUCCUCAUACAGAAGAGCUGGGAGGUGGAGAGUGAUCGCGUGAGACAGAAGCUUCUGAGUCUGAUUGGACGGAUCGGCAGGGAGGCUCGCUCCGAGGCAACCACAGGAAAGGUGUUGGAGGUGUUGUGGGAGUUGGCGCAUCUCCCCACCCUUCCUACCACUCUAGUGCAGCAGGCCCUGGAAGAACACCUCACCAUCCUCAGCGACGCAUACGCCGUCAAAGAAACCAUCAAGAGGAACUAUAUCAUCAAAUGCAUCGAGGACAUCAAGAAGAUGCAAAUACAGGAGGAUUCAAAGUCUCCCAGCGAGACACAGGUCUCUUUUCUUACUGGCACCUGGGGCAAGAAGAAACCGAGCUCAUUGGCUAAAUCGUCUCAGCAGACUAACCCUCAGACGGUGUGGGUGGUUCCAGCCUUGCGGCAGCUUCACGAGAUUACACGGUCUUUUAUCAAACAGACCUACCAGAAACAGGACAAGAGUAUAAUCCAGGACCUGAAGAAGAACUUUGAGAUAGUGAAGCUGAUCACUGGCUCUCUGGUGUCAUGUCAUCGCUUGGCCGUGUCCGUCGCUGGAUCCAAUGGUCUUUCUGGGUCCACGCUGGUUGAUGGGCGGUACUCCUAUCAGGAGUAUUUGGAGGGUCAUUUGAAGUUCCUUGCAUUCUUCCUGCAAGAGGCCAGUCUGUACCUGGUCUGGAAUAGAGCCAAAGAGAUCUGGGAAUGCUUGGUGUCCGGCAUGGAUGUGUGCGAGCUGGAUCGAGAGAUGUGUUUCGAAUGGUUCACUAAGGGACAGCAUGAUCUAGAGAGUGACGUUCAACAGCAGCUCUUUAAAGAGAAGAUCCUCAAGCUGGAGCCUUAUGAGAUCACUAUGAACGGGUUUAACCUCUUCAAGACCUUUUUUGAGAAUGUGAACCUCAGUGACCACCGUCUCAAACGGCAGGGAACACAACUGUGUGUGGAGCGAUUGGAUCUGGCUGGGAUGGACUUCAUCUGGAGGAUCGCGAUGGAAUCUCCAGACGAGGACAUUGCUAAUGAAGCCAUACAUCUCAUCAUUACUUACAGCUACAUUAACCUCAACCCCAAAAUGAAGAAGGACUCAGUAUCUCUUCAUAAGAAAUUCAUUGCUGACUGCUAUAAGAGAUUGGAGGCUGCUAGCUCUUCGCUGGGCGGCCCGACCCUCACACAUGCUGUUACCCGGGCAACCAAGAUGCUGACAGCCACUGCUAUGCCAACGGUCGCCACAUCAGUGCAAUCUCCAUCCAGGUCCAGUAAACUAGUGAUCAUUGAGAGACUUCUGUUAUUGGCAGAGCGUUAUGUCAUCACAAUAGAGGACCUGUAUUCUGUUCCUCGAACUAUUCUACCUCAUGGAGCGUCUUUCCACGGCCAUCCUGUUGCACUUCACAUCACUUACGAAUCUACCAAAGACACAUUCACCUUGGAGGCCCACAGCAACGAGACCAUAGGCAGCAUCAGAUGGAAGAUAGCCGAGCAGCUCAGCUGUCCGGUGGACAAUGUGCAGAUAUUUGCCAAUGACAGCAUGCUGACGAUGAAUCGUGACCAGAAGCUGUUGAAUCAGCUGGGUUUCUCUGAUGAGCAGAGUCUGACGGUGAAGAGCUCAGGAACAGGCACUCCAUCAGGCAGUUCAGCGGACAGCUCUGCCUCGGCCAGCUCCAGCAGCAGCGGGGUCUUUAACUCCGCGUAUGCUAUGGAGCAGGAGAAAUCUCUUCCUGGUGUGGUCAUGGCGUUGGUGUGUAAUGUCUUUGAGAUGCUUUAUCAGCUCGCCAAUUUGGAGGAACCCAGAAUAACUUUGCGUGUCAGGAAGUUGUUGCUGCUCAUCCCGACCGACCCAGAGGUGCAGGACGCCCUUGAUAACUUUGUGCCAAAAGAGUCCAGCGUCUGGAGUCACCAGGUACCUGAAAGCCACUCUUUAACUUGGAGAAAAGUCUCAGGUAGCCGUCUGCUUUCUACCCGCUUUUACACUGCUCCUCAUGUUGAUAAUUCUGCAGUCGUAAUGUGGCUGUGUAUUUUAAUCAUUAAUUAUCUCAGCGGUGCAUUCUCUGUCUCUCUCUGUCUCAGUCUGGUGGUUAACGUCAUGCAGAGAGACUCCAUCCCCUCUGAGGUGGACUACGAGACCAGACAAGGAGUCUAUUCCAUCUGCCUGCAGCUGGCCAGGUUCCUGCUGGUAGGGCAGGCUAUGCCUAGUAUGCUUGAUGAGGAGUUGAGCAAGGAAGGUCUGGACACGCUGUCCUCUCGACCGUUCCGUAACGCUGGGCGGCAGAGCGGCCGACAGCUCUCCGUCUGUGGAACUCCUGAGAAGUCCUCCUACAGGCAGGUGUCCAUGUCUGACAGGUCCUCCAUCAGAGUGGAAGAAAUCAUGCCAGCCGCCCGUGUCGCUAUACAGACAAUGGAGGUGGGAGACUUCACAUCCACAGUGGCGUGUUUCAUGAGGCUCACCUGGGCAGCAGCUGCAGGCCGAUUGGACCUUGUUGGCAGCAGCCAGCCAAUCAGAGAGACGACCAACUCGCUUCUUCCUCUGGGUGUCCGCAGCAGGGUCAGCAGCACAGGAAGUAACUGCAGCUCGGGCAGUGAGGGAGAGGUCACCACGUUGCAGGCUGGGAUAUGCGUCAAACAGCUGUUUGUGUCCAUCAAAGACACUAUUAUUGCACGAGAAGCGCUCUCUUUACUCGUCACAUGCCUUCAGCUACGCUGCCAACAGCUAUCUUCAUUUUACACUCUGCUUUCUGUGAAUGAUUUCAUCAUCGAUAUUCUGCUGGGAUCGCCCAGUGGAGAGAUCCGACGCGUGGCGUGUGAUCAGCUGUACACUCUCAGUCAGUCGGACACCUCUGCGUACCCUGACCUCCAGAAGCCCAACCUCUUCCUGCUGAAGGUGGUUCUGACAGCCCAACUUCCUCUCUGGUCCCCUACCAGCAUCAUGAGGGGUGUUAACCAAAGGUUGCUUUCACAAUGCACCGAGUAUUUUGACCUGCGUUGCCAACUACUGGAUGACCUGACCACAUCAGAAAUGGAGCAGCUUCAGAUCGGUCCUGCGGUCAUGCUGGAGGACGAGAUCAGCUGGCUUGAUAAUUUCGAGCCCACUUGGACCAACGAGCUGGAGACCAGCGAGGCCGACAACAUCCUGCUGGCCGCACACCUGCGCCUCAUUAAAACCCUGCUGUCCCUCUGCGGCAGUGAGAAAGAGCAGUUCGGUCCUUCUUUGAUCCAGCAGCUGUUGGACGACUUCCUGUUCAGAGCGUCUCGUAUCAUCCUGAGCAAUGACAGCUCAUCUAGCACUACAGCAUCUAUCCACGACUUUCACCCAAAGUGCAGUACGGUCAGCAGUCGUCUGGCGGCGUACGAGGUGCUGGUCAUGUUGGCCGACAGCUCCCUUACUAGCCUGCAGCUCAUCACUAAAGAACUGCUGUCCAUGCACCACCAGUCUGACCCUUCUCUCACCAAAGAGUUCGACUAUCUUCCUCCUGUAGACAGUCGCUCUGUGUCUGGGUUUGUGGGACUGAAGAACGGAGGUGCGACCUGCUAUAUGAAUGCAGUGUUCCAGCAGCUCUACAUGCAGCCUGGUUUGCCUGAGGCUGUCUUGUCAAUUGAAGAUGACAUUGAAAACCCAGAGGAGAGUGUGUUCUGUCAGGUACAGUCUCUGUUUGGUCACCUGAUGGAGAGCAAACUACAGUACUACAUACCUGAAAACUUCUGGAAGAUAUUUAAGAUGUGGAAUAAAGAAUUAUACGUGCGAGAACAGCAGGACGCUUAUGAGUUCUUCACCAGUCUGGUGGAUCAGCUUGAUGAACAUCUAAAGAAAAUCGGUCGAGAGCAGAUCUUCAAGAACACAUUCCAGGGCAUUUUCUCUGAUCAGAAGAUAUGCAAAGACUGCCCACACAGGUAUGAGCGUGAGGAGACGUUCAUGGCUCUGAACUUGGGGGUGACGUCCUGUCAGAGUCUGGAGAUUUCUCUCGAUCAAUUUGUCAGAGGAGAAGUCCUGGAUGGCACCAAUGCUUAUUACUGCGAGAAAUGUAAAGAGAAGCGGACCACUGUGAAGCGGACCUGUAUAAAGUCUCUGCCCAGCGUGCUGGUCAUCCACCUCAUGCGAUUUGGCUUUGACUGGGAAAGUGGCCGGUCCAUCAAAUACGAUGAGCAGAUCAGAUUCCCCUGGGUGCUGAACAUGGAGCCGUACACGGUGUCAGGAAUGGCCCGUCAGGAUUCAAGUGCAGAUCAUGGAGAGAACGGGAGAGGGGGUGAGGCUGGAUCCGGGGGAUCACCUCGGAAGAAGGUCACCAUCUCUGAGAACUACGAACUGGUGGGAGUGGUGGUCCACAGCGGACAGGCCCACGCAGGACACUAUUACUCAUUCAUCAAAGACCGCCGGGGUAGUUCACGAGGACGCUGGUAUAAGUUUAAUGACAAUGUUGUGGAAGAGUUUGACAUGAACGAUGAGACUCUGGAGUAUGAGUGUUUUGGAGGAGAGUACAGACCCAAAGUUUAUGACCAAUCUAACCCCUACCCGGAUGUGCGGCGGCGCUACUGGAACGCCUAUAUGCUGUUCUACCAGCGCAUCAGUGACCAGAACUCCCCCGUUCUGCCCAAAAAGAGUCGAGUCAGCAUCAUGAGACAGGAGGCAGAGGAUCUCUCAUUGUCAGCCCCGUCAUCUCCGGAGAUCUCACCGCAAUCCUCCCCACGGCCACCCAGGGCCAACAAUGACCGCCUCACCCUGCUCACACGCUUGGUCAAGAAAGGAGAGAAGAAGGGUCUGUUUGUGGAAAAGAUGCCUGCUAGGAUCUAUCAGAUGGUGAGAGAUGAAAAUCUGAAGUUCAUGAAGAACAGAGACGUUUACAACAGUGAUUACUUCAACUUCACACUGUCUCUGGCUUCUGUCAACGCGACAAAGUUAAAGCAUCCAUCAUAUCAGGCCAUGGCCAAAACCAGCCUGCAGCUGGCCGUCCAGUUCCUCUUCCACACGUACCUGCGUACCAAAAAGAAACUCAGGGUGGACACAGAGGAGUGGAUCGCUACCGUGGAGGUUUUGUUGUCCAAGAGUAGCGAGGCGUGUCAAUGGAUGGUCCAGUACCUGGUGGCACCUGAAGGGCGGGAGAUCAUCAAGAUCUGUCUGUUGGAAUGCAGUGUGCGGGAGGUCCGUGUCGUGGUGGCCACCAUCCUGGAGAAGACACUGGAGAGCGCUUUGUACUUCCAGGACGCUGGGUUGGACUGUCUUCUGGACAUGCUGCUCUCUUUAUUGGAUAAGGACGUCCCGGAUAACUGCAAGAACUGCUCUCAGUACUUCAGCCUCUUCAGUAACUUUGCUCACAGGGGCUGUGGGCCGUGUCAGCUGCUGCUAAAACAUUCUGCUUAUCGUCGGAUGCUUGUCUUCCUUCUGGGACCCAACCGGCAAAACAACCAGCACCGGCGCUGGAAUUCGGCACAGGCUCGAGAGUUCCUGCAUCUUCUCAACACUCUGGCCCUGAUCGUGCUGCACACAGACCUCACGUCUCAGAGGAUGGAGGCUCAAGGAGUGUUCAAGCACGCUUCCUCAGGACUGGUGGCUCCAUCUUCACCCCUCCUGCCUCUACAUCCAGACAUCAACACGCUGCUCUUCAAAGCGGAAGGGCAGGCGUAUCUCAUGGAGGUGAUGUUUGCCAUGCGUGAAUUGUCCGGCCCAUUGUCGUUUCUCAUAGAGAUGAUCACAUAUUGCUCAUUCUGUAAUGAACCUUUCUCACUGGGAGUCCUACACCUACUCAAGAGCCCUCUGGAAACGGCUCCUCCUCACGAACUGAAGAACGUUUUUCAGAUGCUCCUAGAGAUCCUGAUGAUAGAGGACCCUCUGCAGUCUCAGAGGCUCAAAUAUGCAUUUGAAUCUGAAAAGGGCCUUUUGGCUUUGAUGCAUCAGAGCAACAAUGUGGACAGCAGUCGCUGCUAUCAGUGUGUGAAGUUCCUGGUCACGCUGGCACAGAAAUGUUCUCCAGCAAAGGACUAUUUUAAAGAGCUCUCAGGACAUUGGAGUUGGGCAGUGCAGUGGCUCCAGAAGAAGAUGUCUGAGCACUACUGGACACCUCAGAGCAAUGUAUCGAACGAGACGUCCACGGCUAAAACCUUCCAGCGCACCAUCUCAGCACAGGACACUCUAGCUUAUGCCACAGCUUUACUGAACGAGAAGGAGCAGUCCGGCAGCAGUAAUGGAUCAGAUGGCAGCCCAGCCAAUGAGAACUCCGACAGAAGCCUCAGACAGGGAUCUGAAUCCCCCAUGAUGUUGGGCGAUUCUCGAAGUGAUCUAGAAGAUGUGGAUCCAUAACGCUUCUUAUUGUUUUUGCACAACAAAACAACACAAAAAAGUUUCCCUCCGACAGAGAGAUGUUGUGGCUCUAAACAGACAAUCAGAAAACUGCAUUUGAUCUUCUAGGGACUGGAAAUGGAGGGACCAGUAGCAGCCAAAGGGCCCGUCGGAGCAUUCGCUCUUCAGGCCGCCUCGUCCGAAACGUGAACAGAGGCGAAUAUAUCGUUUUUUUUUUUUUUCUUUUUCUUCUGUUGGUUAAAACCUGGCUGGAUGAAAUUAGAGUUCAGAUCUUGCGCGUUAUUUCGAUGUUUCGUCUGGCUUGAUGAGUUCUGUCAGACCAGUGGGACUUAAUAAAAACGAAGGCGUUUGUUUCCUUGACGUUUUUACGCCGAACUACUACUAUGGUGCCAGACGGGGUGUUUUAAAAGCAGUCAGCGUAUAUUUGCCAAUGUAAUUAAGUAGAUACUAUUCAUGAGAAAUGUAAAGAUGUGUUCCAUAAGUGUAAUUUCAAAUGUAAAAUAAUAUUUUUAAGAA